CGUAAUACUAAACGAGUGAAACACGUAACAAUAAAAGUAAUGGCCAAUUAAUUAUUAAUUAAUUAAUUAAUUAGAAAUAACCGUUAAUUUUUUGUCCUCUAUGCCAGUUAGAAAAAUUUUUCACACCUGCCACCAUUCCAUUUUGCGUUCAUUCAGACUCCAAAUCUGAAAAAAAAAAAAUGGAAUCAACGGAAGAUUUGAUAAAAGUUGUGAUCGAUAAAAACAGUAAAAUAAAUACAGAAACAAUCAAGAAAUUAUUAAAACCCAUGACUUUGAUUUCAUGGAUUCUUUCUGCCGGAAUAUGUCACCCGGAUUGUUCCAAAAUAACAACAAUAAUAAUACGCAUUAUAAAUUUGAUAAUUUGUACCACAAUAGUUGCUUACGGCGCACUAGAUUUUUUUUUCUUUGAAAAUGUAUUUAAAAGUGAUACAUUCAAAAUAAUGUAUUACACAAAUAAAGUAACAUGUUAUGUGUCAUCAUACUGGUGCGUAAUACAAGGAAUCGUGCAGCACAAAAAAUGGCCGGUGUUGGUUCACAAAAUGAUGACGAUUGACAAAAAAAUGAGCAGGCAUGCUUUCAUGGAAUGCAAUAAUCGUUUGAUAAAUAAAUUCCAGAUAUUUUCAGUGAUCAUAACCGUAAUAAUGGGGCCAUUUUCACUUAUUUGUCAUGUGGUUUAUUACUACAACAUUCGGCCCGAAGAUCUUUUUGCGUCUGAUCUAUUACUCUAUCAUACAAUCGCCCAAUCAUUAUCGAUGAAUCUGUAUUUUGAUAUUAUAGUUUUGUUUAUUUAUUCAAGAUUGAAGGGGCUCAAUAGUGGAAUUAAGAAAUUUCAUGGCUGCAGUUCAGGGACUGUUGUAUUGGAAAUACGACGAAUUAGAGAAAUUUAUGGUGGUAUUUGCAAUCUUGUGAGAUACGUUAACAACAUUUAUGGUGUUCACUUACUCCUAAGUACCUUAAACUCAUUCACAAUGGUUGUGGCGACGUUAUUCAGAAUAUACAUGGGCGUCGUUGAAGACAAAAAUAUAUUCAUUCUUAUUAACAAUUUAAUAUGGAUUAUUUAUACAAUACAGGUGACAUUAAACUGUUUUGUUUGCACAUUUUUUUGGCUUAUCUAUUUAGUUAUUUACUUAAUCAUUAAUAAAGUAGUUUUAGUAAUUUUUUAUAAAUUUAGACGGCUGUCAAAGUGUCCAAGACCCUAUGAGCUAUAUUCGGUAGACUUAAAUCGCUCAUGUGAUCCGGAAAUUUAUUUACAACGAGAAAUAAAUAAUUUUUCAUCCCAACUUCAUCACUCGACAAUGAGUUUUAAUGCAUGUGGAUUUUUUUUAAUAGACAAUAAACUGUUACGAAGCUUUAUCGGAGUCAUUACAACUUAUUUGAUUAUUCUUGUACAAUUUUAUGUACCAGAAGGAAAAAAUAUCAACAAACUUCACACUAAUGCGACAAAUGUAUCGUAA